AGAUGGGGACAAAAGAAUGAAGGGAGAGAGCAGACAAAGUUGAGGGGAUGAGCUAUGGUGGGAUGAAAUGCAGGAAGAACUUAAGAGAUGAGUGAACAAUUAACAGCGAUGAAAAGGACUAAGGGACCAGAACACAGGGGUCUGAGAUUGUGAGACAGUGCAGACACAGAUAGGGAGACAGAAAGUGGGGGUGACAAGGACACAGAUAAGAGGAAACAGGGCCCACACAGCUUCUUCUGCUCCCAGGUGCCCGGCGCAGAACUGAAGAGCCUCACGCUACGCCACGAGCAAAAUUCUUCCCUGGCUCUUGACUGCAUGAAUCCUGCUGGGGAGCUGGACUCCAGGGAUCAUGGAGCCCUUCAGCUCAAGAAACCUUGCCCUGCAGGCAGAGAAGAAACUCCUGAGCAAGCUGGCCGGGCGGUCAGUGGCACACCUCUUCAUCGAUGACACCAGCAGUGAAGUGUUGGAUGAACUUUACAGGGUGUCUAAAGAGUACACCCACAGCCGGGGUGAGGCCCAGAAGGUCAUCAAGGACUUGGUCAAAGUGGCCAUCAAGGUGGCGGUGUUGCAUCGAAACGAGCAGUUUGACCCCGGGGAGAUGGCCCUGGCUGACCGCUUCCGUCAGAAGUUGCGCCAAGGCGCCAUGACUGCCCUCAGCUUCGGUGAAGUGGAUUUCACCUUCGAAGCCGCUGUGCUGACUGCCCUGCUGACAGAGUGCCGGGACACCUUACUAGAGCUGGUAAAGCACCACCUCACGCCCAAGUCUCACGGCCGCAUCCGCCAUGUCUUCGAUCACUUCUCAGACCCCAGCCUGCUCACUGCCCUCUACAGCCCUGGCUAUGCCCAGCACCUUAGUAAGAUCUGUGACGGGCUGAGGAAGCUGCUGGAUGAAGGAAAGCUUUGAGGGCUUGUUCCCUGGCUCCAUCCAUCCCAACAAGGUGGUGGACUCUGAAUGGGCAACAGGCCAUGGCUCUCUGUCCACCCACCCACUUUAACCCCCUCCAGCCCGUUGGCCUGGGUCUCCUUAGAGUAUGGUUGGCUCUGAGGACCCCUUACCCUUGGGUGGGAAACAGUUGGGGUUCACAAGCCCUUCCCUCCACUAUGCCUCUGGCCACCAGGACAGGAAAUGAAGCUGCCUGAAAAAGAUGAAGUGAAAGUCAGAUCUUCUACUUCCCCCUGAUCUGGACACAUGAUAUGGGGAAACCCCUUCCAGGAAGGAGAACAGUUCUCCCAAGCUGCUGAUGGGGGGAAGGGGGGAUGUCAAACUCAAGGCCAGUCCUGGGGACAGUUUGGAUAGAUGUUGGAAGCCUUGCUCCCAGAGAGGGGCAGGGCAGAGGACGAUACUCAAAAGGGAAAUAAACCUGCUAAAACGUG